UCCACGCCCCUUCUUCUCCCUCUGCGGUUUCCUCGGCUCGCUCCACUCCCUCCUUGGCUAACUGCCCCCUCCUCCUUCCACAGACAGCUCCUCAUCUUCUUCAUCGCUGGAGAGUGAUGGAUAGAAGAGGAGGAGGAGGAGGAAGAGAGAUGUUGCUGGGGAAGCGGCAGCGGCCUCCCAUGAGGCGGACGACCAGCAUGACCGAGUUCGCCGCCGACGUCGUCCUCACGGAUGUCGAGGCCACGCAGGCUCCGUCCGACCAUGAGAAGACUAGCGACGUCCUCCACCACCAGUGGAACCUGUGGAUGGAGCCGCAGAGGGCGGCGGAGUUGCCCGCGCAGAGGAGGGCCUCCGGCGUCGCGAACUGGCUGGAGGCGCGGUACCAUGGGAGCCUGGUGCUGUCGCCGCGUACUGGCGGGCACCGGAAGAACUCUUCCGACCUUGCCGUGGUGGAGACGGCGCCCUUCCUCAGGGCCUGCGGCCUCUGCAAACGCCGCCUUGGCCCCGGCCGGGACACGUUCAUGUAUAGGGGUGAUAUUGCAUUUUGCAGCCUCGAAUGCCGACAGCAGCACAUAAAUCUGGAGGAGCGCAAGGAGAAAUGCUCUCUGACUUCCAUCAAGGAUGCUGUUCCUGCAGCCAACGGCUCCGAGAAUGCUGGCAAUGGCGAAACAGUGGCAGCUGCAUGAGAUUUAGAGUUACUCUGCGGUUCUCAAGUUCCACCAUUGGAGAUGCCACAAGGCAAAGCUUAUAGAUCUAUUUGGGUCCUACGGUUUUGACGCAGCCGUGCUGUCAGUAGAGGGAAAUAUAAUGUGAAAUUGAUGCUUAUGUAAUUCCCAACCCCAUAUUUUUGGUUCUUAUGAGAAGCAAUGAAGGGGCUCUACACCACCA